ACGCUAUACUGACAUUCCGAUAGAAGCACUGAUAACAAAUAUUGAUAUAUAUUUUUUGCUGUCCGUACCUUAGUGGUUUGUUAUAUGAUUGGACGAGAUCGAAGUGGGAACAGAUAGUUUUUUAUUAAUUUACUUUCAACAUUUAUGAUAAGUGUGAUAAGUGUAGUGUUGUGUUUAUAAUAAUGACUAAAAUAAAGUUGUUUUAGACAUUUUAGUGGCCGAAGUGGACUUUUAUAUACCAUGAUUCAUAUUGGAUUAACCACAGACACCCUAAAAAAUUAAAGCCUAAAAAGUUCUUCGAAUGCAGGCAAAAUGUUAGCGCAUGCCGCGAAACGGAAAUCGCAGACAACACGUGAAUGAUCGGCCUGUGGGUGGUGGGCGACCGUGGCAGAGAUGCAAGAGAUAUGCAACACCGCCGCGCUGCCGCUCGAUAGCAACCCUCUGGUGCGCAAGAUAAAAUGUGAAGAGUUCCCUGUCAGGAAGCAGCCGAGGGUCGGUAUGGGUGUGCGCGAUGAGAUGGAGGACGAGUUCGCGGUUAAGACGCGGAACACUCCGCCGAUGGGACCGGCGGCUGGGGUCGAUGCUCGCAUGGAGCACGGUGGGAACGGGUUCUGGCUGGCCGCCGUAACUGCCGCUGGCGCGCCACACCCUAUGCUCGAUACCUGCACCGAGACAGGCUUCAUCAAUAGCCAGCCCUCGAUGGCGGAGUUCAUGACGGCGCUACCACAGUUAGGGACUGGCGAACUUAGCCCGCAGCACACCCCUCCCGGUUAUGGGCCCGACCUGCCAUCACCUGGCGGCGGGCUUAAUGUCCCCGAGUAUCCCUGGAUGAAGGAGAAGAAAACAACAAGAAAAAGCAGUCAACAAGAAAAUGGUUUACCCCGGAGACUGCGAACAGCCUACACGAACACACAGCUUCUAGAGUUAGAAAAGGAAUUCCAUUUUAAUAAAUACCUAUGUCGACCCCGACGUAUCGAGAUAGCAGCAUCCCUGGACCUAACUGAGCGACAGGUCAAAGUGUGGUUUCAAAAUAGACGAAUGAAACAUAAACGUCAAACCCUUAGUAAAAGUGAAGACGGUGACGAUAAGGAUUCAACAACGUCCGAAGGAGGGAAGAGCUCAAAGGCACGGGACAAAUUUCUCGACGACGAUGGUCCUCUUUCAGGGAAAAAGAGUUGCCAGGGCUGUGAGCUACCACCAGGGGCCUUAUGCUCGCCUACUGAAGAUUUACCGGAGCUCACGUCGCGAACGAGGAAUAAUAAUACGCCCAGUGCGACAAACAAUAACAGCUUUGCGAGUGACGGCGCUUCGAGUGUGGCUUCAUCGUCUUCUCUAGAUAAACUAGCAGAAGAUGACUCUAGAGAUGCGCAUCCAACUGCAACGCUCGCUCCAGUACCGCGAAACUUGGCGAAACGAAUAAAACAAGAAUCCAGAAAACGUUCACCGUCGUUGGAUGCGACGGGUUGCAAAGUAUCACCGUCUUCUUCGAAGGAUGGUCUGGUAGUGCUCGGCGGAAUGCCGGACGGCGGCAAAUUUUCGUCGGUAAGCUUAACGCCAUCCUCAACACCCGGGACUCCUUCAGGCAUACACCAAAGUCCUCUCGGUCAUUACCCUAGGCCAUCGCCACCGAACGUUCCGCCGGGAGCACCACAUCCUCAAGCUGUGCCUAAUGCGAUGCCCCCGUAUGUAAUACGUGGUAACGUACCACCAGGCCAAUUCGGACCCCAUGCAGAUUUUCGUAUGGAUUCGAAACAGUUCGGAAAGUUAGCUCAAUACCCUCAAGGCAAUAGGUCUUUUGACGCUUACGGGCCAGCCCUCCAGGGUGUUGAUCAACACACUUACACGCGCAGUCAGCAACACACUAGACCUCAAGAACCUUCUCCGUCUACAAGACCAAGCAACGGAGUGGGCAGACAAGCUUACCCGCAUGAGAUGUAUCAAAACUACGGUUACACUGCGUAUGGCAAGGAGCAAGCGACAUACGGUCACCCUGGCUACGAGCAGCCCCAGGGAUAUCCCGGCGACCACAUGACAUACUCAAACAGUCACUACGGCUAUCAUUACCAUGAGAGCGGGCAACAUGAACACACGCACGGUUACUACGGUGCAGAAGGACAAAAGAGUGCAUCUAAUGAAUACGGUAGAUGGAACGAGGCAAGUAACUACAGCCAGCAAGCAGCUGUCACUCCGGCGGCGUACGGCCCGGCGGGCUCACAGCCGCCAGCACCGACAGAGGCUUACCCCAGCGGGGCUGAAUGCGCGGACGGCUACGGCUCCUUCCAGCAGUUCUACGAAGCAACGCACGGCUCGCAAGCGGCCGGGGAAAACUCCAAUUCGUCGUCAGACUUCCAUUUUUUGAGCAAUCUCGCUAACGACUUCGCACCCGAAUACUACACCAUUUGAGAUAAGGACUUCGCCGAACAGGCGAGCGAUCUAUUUGUUUGAAGCUUCAAAAUACGUUUAAUACAACUUCAUCAUAAUGAGAAAUGGUUUUGAAAGAACUCAGUGGCGCCAUAGGCGAUAUGGACUUCGUUUACUGUAUCUUUGUACCGAUUGAAUUAAAUCUAUUGUUACUAAUUAAUAUAUUCUAAGUAAAUUUGUAAAAAUAAAAUGUACAUAUUUAUGAAAUCUUAGUAAUACUUUCUAAUAGAUUACAUAAAAUAUAAAUAUUUUUACUGAUACAUACUCGAUUAUUGCUAAGGUGCUGUUAUCAAUAGACACCCGCCACUAACAACAGGCUCUGGUUAUAAUUAAUAAUGUAAAUAUAGAUGUAUACUGUUUCUUAUUGUUUAAUAUGACGAACAAUCAGGUUACAAUUACGCAAUGUCUUUAAAAGCUUGGUAUAACAGCUUUCGCCGUCUGUUGGCGUCUUACGUGUUUACAAAUUUAAUACUCAUGUAAAUUUUAUAUUUAAAAAUUAAAUUUUACGCAUCCUCCUCGACCUAUCAAGUGUUCAAGUUAAUAAAAAUUGUGUAAAAUUAAAAUUUUGAUUUGAAAACUUACAUAUUAAAAAAAAUUGUUUAAAAAAUUAAGGGAUAGUCGUUGCCUUAUUUAGUUAAUAUUAUUUUGUGACUAUAAGACAUAAUGUAGAUAUAUACUAGUAAGGUAGAAUAAUAAGCGACUACUUAUAAUGUAGAUACCAGUGCAUCAU